AUGUGCACGAAAGCUGAAGACAAAGUUGGUAUGAUGGCUGCUGAAACCAAGAACCAACCCACUGAUAUCGAGGCGGGGCUCUCCUGCAGUGAGCAGGUGGAAGGGCUGCAAACACCACCACCCCUGAUCGAAGUUGGAGCAUCCCCUGAAGAGAAGCAAUGCACUUCUUUGUCAUCAUCAGAAGAAGAUGCGAAGAGUUCAGGCUGCUUUGAAAGAGUCAAGAGAAUCUGGAAAGAGUACGAGUUCAUCAUCCUGAUGAUGAUUGCAGUUGGCGUGGCCAAGUUGUAUCCUCCCCUUGGUGCAGAAUACUUGCAUCCCCAAGUGACAGCUACUUGGAUUUGUGUUAUGGUAAGUAUGUUCAAUGCAGGCAUUGGACUCAAGACAGAGCAAAUCUCCACUGCCAUCAGACGUGUGCGCUUCAAUACCUUUGUGGAAACCUACAACUUUCUAUUCCUAUCGGCCAUUGUGUUUGGUGUCACACGGCUCCUGAUCAGGGCCAAUGCUCUCGACAAGGGCGUGGCAGAUGCCAUUGCCAUGUGUGCUUGUCUUUCACCUCCUCCAGGAACCGUCUUCACCUUCUCGCUUGCAGCCAAGGGUGACGAAGCUUCUGCCGUUUGCAUCACCGCUGGUGGUGCCAUGCUGGGUGCCGUCUUUAGUCCUCUAUUGAUUCUGGUAUAUCUAGGUGUGGAAGGCGACGUCAACCAGCUGGAAAUCAUUCUCAAGAUUGCUGUACGAAUCCUUCUUCCCUUCCUUCUAGCUCAAGCCCUUCGUUGGUCCUCCAAGGCUGUUGUCACCUUUGUCGAGGCACACAAGUACCAGAGAGUCAAGUUGCAGGUGUACUUGAGAGUUUACAUUGUCUAUACAGUCUUUUGCAAGACAUUUGCCGCUGAAACAAUCAUUACAACUGGCGAAACCAUGGCCAUGGUGGGCCUGGUUGUGGGCUUCCUCAUAUCCUCCAUGGCUUUCUCUUGGGUCCUGUUGAGACUAUUCUUCCCAGAUCAACCUUCUCUCCACGUAACUGGCCUUUUUGGAUGCUCUUUCAAGUCCGUUGCCAUUGGAGUUCCUCUCAUCAGCUCUAUCUACGAGAACAGCCCUCUUUUGGCACUAUACAUUCUUCCCAUCAUUGUAUGGUAUCCCACUCAACAAAUCCUCGGGCCAAUACUAAUACCGCAGCUAUCAGCCUAUGUUGACAGACACAACACACGCCUUGGGAUCUCCAAGGAUGACGAGCCCAAUCAAGAUGAGUCAGCAGACAUCAGUUUGAAACACGGGAAAGGGCCAACCAUUUCAGAGGAGAGCGAGAGGACUACGGAGAAGACUGCUCCGGACUUUGCGGAUGACAGCAGCUGCAACGAAGAUGACAUAUUUCUGCAUUACAAUGAUGCCAGUGACGAAAUAUCGGUCUAA